GGCGCCACGUUGCUGGCCCUGGUCACAUGUUUGCGGCAGCAGCCGGCUUUUUACGGCGGGGAGGGAGGUCAGCUGACAGCCCCGUGACUGAGAAGCAGCCCGGAAGAGUUGACUGUCGGGAGACUGUGUGGGGUCACACCACAACUGUGGACUACCAUGUUCGGGCCGGACGAGGACGAUGCUGACUUCCUGUCACCCACAGGGGGGGCGAAACUGGCCUCUCUCUUUGGAAUGGAUCAGACAGGAACUGCCCAGGGGAAUGAGUCUUUUCAGUACACGGCACCUAAGCAGCCUAAGAAGCAUGGGUCAGCAGGUGUGAAGUCUCCCAAACCAGCCGGAGCGCCUCCUGCAGGCCCUGUACCCUCUCUCAUUUCUGCCACAGCAGUGCAUGCUUAUAAAUAUGUGAAUGGGCAGUAUGUCAAACAAGGCAAGUUUGGAGCUGCUGUUUUGGGAAACCACACUUCCAAAGAGUACAGAAUCCUUCUCUACAUCAGCCAACAGCAGCCGGUAACCUCCGUAAGGGUCCAUCCUGGCUUUGUGUUUACGGUCCAACUCAAUAACUAUGCUGCCUUUUAUGAUGAUCAGAGACAGAGUUGGUCUAUCAUGUUUGAGUCAGAAGCGUCAGCGUUGGAUUUCAGCAAACAGGUUUGCCUUGCCAGGUGUAACAGUGCCUCCUCUCUAGAUGUGGUGUUAUCUCAGGAUCUGACCCCUGGUGAUGGACAAGCAGCUGAUAUGGGUGAUCUACUGGAAGUUGCUUACACAGGGUGGCUGUUUCAGAACCAUGAAAUUGGCCAGAUGUUUGACUCCAACUUACAAAAGGACAAAAUGCUGCGGCUAAAACUCGGAUCUGGAAAAGUGAUCAAAGGCUGGGAAGAAGGGAUGCUGGGAAUGAAGAAAGGUGGUAAGAGGUUCCUGGUAAUUCCGCCACCCCUUGCUUAUGGCUCUCAGGGACUGUCAGGCCGAAUUCCUCCCAACGCCACCCUGCUUUUUGAGGUGGAAGUAAAGCGAAUGAAGCAGAAGGAUGCAGGAACUGAUCGACAGAGUGUUGGCUCCCGUGACUCCCCCGUGUCUAUCACAGAAAGUAUUCCUGUGGAGACUCUUCCUCAGCCGCCAACUUCAGUGCCACCAAAACCUGGGGAGCCAGCUGUCCGAGUCAAGUCUAACUCCAUCAGUGAUCAGCUAGCCAACCCUGACAUGGCGAAAGCAAAACUUAUCUCCAGGAUGGCAAGGAUGGGUCAGCCUAUGUUACCUUUCCUUACUGGCAGCUCUACCCCACAGCCAGAUUCCAGUGACUCUGAAAUUGAGGAUCCAAACACUCAGAGGAUUUCUCCGCAUCCUGCUGCCCCUCUGCUUGUCCGGCCCACCCCACAAAUCAGCCAAACUCCUCCCACCGCUCACAUCCCUGCUCCAGUCCCUCAACAACAACUAGUGUCUGGUCUCCAAUCCUCUUCGGCUGCUCUGUUACCUAUAGGACCCAUCUCCUCCCAGGCUUUUCCUCCUGGCCAGCCUCAUGGCUUUCAGCCAUACACUGGAAUCCAGUACACAUACCCACAGAACCCCACUGUGGGAACCCAGCUGCAGCCAGUUGGACAUGUCUACCCCGCUCCCAUGCAGCAACCAGCUCCAUAUCAAGCCUCAGGUGAUGUCACCUCCUUCUUGAUGACGGAAGCCCGACAGCAUAACACAGAGAUCCGCAUGGCCAUCGGCAAAGUUAUCGACAAGAUUGACAAUUUGGCCUCUAGAGUGGACACUCUGCAGAAGGAGAGUACAUCUGGAGCUUCUCAUCUCCUCCCUGGGAUAUCAUCCAUCACUAUGGAGAGCGCCAUGAUCAUGAACAACAUCCAACGCAUAGUCCAGGAAAACGAGCGUCUCAAGCAGGAGGUUCUGGACAAAAGCAGCCGCAUUGAGGAACAAAAUGCAAAGAUUGGGGAUCUUACUCUCUGCUAUACAGGGAACUUCACCAAUCACUGAGACGUGCAGAGGUAUGUAGAGCAAAGUAACAUUCUAAUGGAGCAGAGAAAUGACUCUUUGAAAUCGUCUAGUGAGAACACACAAUCCAGACUACUGAAUGCCAUGCAGGAAAAGCAUGCUUUGCACAUAGAUGAGGGCACAUACCAGGCCAAGGUGGCAGAGGAGUUGUCAGUUUCGACUGGACACCUAUCCCGUCUGCAGCUGGAAAUCACAUCUUAUCAGAAGAGGGAGAUGGAGCAGCGGACUCAGCUAAUGGCGGCCCAGCAAGAGGCGGAGAAGUGUCAUGCUGAGCUUUCUUCUCUCCGGACGCAGCUCAUCGAAAUGAAAGAAACGUCGGAGCAUACCAAGAACCGGGCCAAAACUGAGAAGGACAGCCGGCGGACCCUGGAGCUACGACUGACGGCUCUGGAAGAAGAGAUCUCUGACUUGAAGGUGGAGAAGCAAAACUUAGAAAAGAGCCUUGCAGAGAGAAAGAAGAAGUCUCAGCAGGAGCGGCAGCGGGCUGAGGAAGAGCAGGAAGAGUUGCGGAAAAGUUUCCAGGAAGAGGCUGAAAACUUGAGACAGCUCCUGAAGAAAUCCCGGGAGCAGCUUUCCACAUCCUCUUCCCGCGACCGUGAUGAGCAGACAUUUUUGGAUCUCCAGGAACAAGCGGCACAACUCCAGCCACUGAAAGAAAAGUGCACAAAUCUCCAGAGCCAGGUCACAUCUCUCAAUGAGAAGCUCAAAGAAUCUCGUGUCAGAGAAAAUGACAUUGAUUUGGCAAAGGAACAAGCAGAGGAGAGGGUGUCUCAGCUCCAGGAGAAAAUCGGUCAGGUCCAGCCUCUGAGACAACAGGUAAAUGUCUCUGUCUUCCUCCUCCCCUCCAUCGCCUCCUCUGUUCCUCCCUCUAUCGCCUCCUCUGUUCCUCCCUCCAUCGCCUCCUCUGUUCCUCCCUCCAUCGCCUCCUCUGUUCCUCCCUCCAUCGCCUCCUCUGUUCCUCCCUCCAUCGCCUCCUCUGUUCCUCCCUCCAUCGCCUCCUCUGUUCCUCCCUCUAUCGCCUCCUCUUGCACCCAGCUCCAGGCCCAGGUCAUUACCCUAAUGCAGCAACUUGAAGACAUGCAGACGAGGGAUGGAGACAGAAAUCUGGCAAAGGAUCCCACAGAAGAGGUGAAGAUGAUCAUGAAUGGGGUCUUUCAGUCUCUCAGGAAGGAGUUUGACCUGGAGGAAACGUACAGUGGGCGAGUGGUGUUGGGCACCAUUAUGAAUACUAUAAAGGCAACAACACUACAUCUGUUGAGUAAGCCACAGAAUGAGGAGGCAGCAGCAGCAAGCAGCAGUGGUGAAGAAGAGGAGGAAGAUGAAGGUGCAAAAACUGAAGUUGUGGAACAGCCUGCACUACAGAGAGAACAAACAUUAAACCGAGGUGAAGUGCAUGCAGAACUCGAGGAAAACAAGACUUCCACUUCAGAGCAAGUUCCUUGUGUUGAAGAGGUGAAUCCUGAAGAGGUCAAUGUGCCUACAGAAAUAGUAGGCAAUCAGGAAAUGGGUCCUACCUCUACAGAGCUACAGGAAUCGGGUGAAGACGAACCCGUCAAAGUCAUCCAGGAAGAUCUGGACUCUCCAUCCGCUCUUGUUCACAUGAUCUCCAGUGAUACCCCAGAAUCGAGCAUGGUGACUGACACUGCGGAGGACCUAGUAAUGUUUGCUGAAAAGGAUGUUCUUCAAGAGAAUCCUCCCCCAAGCCCCAGUGAUGAAUUGGCCAGUGAGAAUCCCGCUGAGAAUGAGUCUCAGCAAUCAAAUGCCUCCAUGACUAUAGAGGAGAAACAAGAGGUUCCACCGCUUUUAAUUAGUGAUGAUGACAGUAGCAGCCCGGUUCCACCAAAAGAGGCGACCCCUGCUCUUCGAUCAACUGGAAUCCAUGUAACCAAGAGUCCUACUAAGCCAGGGGAGAGGACAGAUCUCAGAGCAGACGGUGCUGAAGGUGCCUUUUUAGUCGUGACAGGCACCAAAUUUCCAUUGUUUCAUUUCAGUCUUGGCGAGUCUGAUGAUGAAGAUUUGUUUAAAGCGGCUUCUCCGAAACAGAGGACAAAGCAAGAAGAGGAAGAGGAGGAGGAAGUGAGCUUGAAGGGUCAUCCACCUCCAGCCCCUCUCUUUGGUGAUGAUGAGGACGAGGAAGAUGAUUUGGAUUGGUUAGGGUAAUAAUGACACACAGUAGGUGUCUAUCUUUGAGACAACAUUUAUAAGUCCCAAUACUUAAGGAGACA